AUAUUUAUGUUUUUUUUUGUGUGACGUGCAUACAUAUCGCAUGUCUGCUGCAUUAUUGUGACUCAGGGUGGGCCUUUCCUAGCCGUAAGGAUGUCGCUGUACCCUUCACUGGAGGAUAUGAAGGUGGACACAAUGGUGCGGGCCCAGAUGGCCCAGAAUCAUGGUCCACCACCUUACAUUCAGAACCACCCACCAGUGGCAGCCGCCCCAUCCGCUCCUGCCCCAACUGGCCAUUUCUACCCGUCUUUGGGAGAAUACAUGGGCCUGGAGUUCUCUGAAAGUGUCAUAGCCGCGAACAUGCCAGAAUAUCAAGUGCAAACCGUUCAGUCUGGAGGUGCUGUAAGCAAUUUGAUUGCUCCUCUGUCAUCUCAGUCAGUGUCCCUACCGAAAGCUACUGUAACAAAUGCCAUAAGGCAAGUUGUUCUCUGCAAAGAUGCAGAAGGAAAGUGUGGGGUUCGUCUGCAUUCUGUCAACAGUGGUGUAUUUGUGUGCUAUGUUGCUGCAGGGAGUCCUGCAGCUCUGGCCGGGCUCAGGUUCGGAGACCAAGUGCUGGAAAUCAAUGAUGUGGCACUUGCUGGCUUGACAAUGGAAAAGUGCCACGAAUUGUUGCGAAGCCCAGUUAAUGGAAUCACUAUGGCAGUGCGAGACAGGCCUUUUGAGAGGACUAUUACCCUACACAAAGACUCCAUUGGACAUGUGGGCUUCCACUUCAAGGAUGGCAAGGUAGUCGGCCUAGUGAAGGAUUCAUCUGCUGCUCGUAACGGGAUGCUGACCGACCAUCAGCUAAUGGAAGUGAACACAGUCAAUGUUGUUGGAAUGAAGGAUAAAGAGAUAUCAAAAGUCAUUGAUAACAGUCCGUCUGUUGUAAACAUAACAAUUAUUCCACACUAUAUUUACAAGCACAUGAUAAGCAAGAUGUCUUCAUCACUGUUCAAGGAGUUUGAUCGUACACCGGCUGUCUAAGUAAAAUAUUUUUUAUAGAUUACUAUAUUUAAGAUUAAACUAUGCAUUUCUUUAGUCACGAAUUUAUUAAGAUGUCGUUAACACAUCGUAAUCAACACCAUUUUCGUAUGUUUGAAAAGUCAGAACUUGAGACUUUUCUUGGAUAAGCUUACUUUAUUUUUACAAUCAAUGGUAUAUAUUUUGAUUGUGUUGUUCUAACGUAAAAGGUAUCACUUGUUUAUCAUUAUAAGGAAUAUUCAUGAGGAUGAUUUAUAUUU